GCGGUACCCAGAAGCUCAGUGGGAUGGAAGAGUGGGCGGGACGAGGCCCGGGGAGUUGCGGGGAGCCGGGCGCGGCCGACGCGGGGCCGGGUAAAUUGAUUCGGGUAAGGCCGGAUGUGGGCAAGCUGCACAGUCAGCCUGAACUAGCGGCCCAGCUCAGGAUGGUGGACGACGCCUCCGGGAAGGUGGAGGUGUGGUGCAUCCAGGACUUACGCAGACAGCCCGUGGACCCCAAGCAUCACGGACAGUUGUACGCGGGCAGCUGCUACCUGGUCCUCUACACAUACCAGAAGAUGGGCCGCGUCCAGUACCUCCUGUAUCUGUGGCAGGGCCACCAGGCCACCACACGUGAGAUCAGCACCCUGAACUGCCACGCCGAGCAGCUGGACCUCAUGUACCGUGGAGCCCUGGUGCGGGAACACGUGACCAUGGGUAGCGAGCCCCCUCACUUCCUCGCCAUCCUCCAGGGCCAGCUGGUGGUCUUCCAGGGGCACGCGGGGCACGAUGGGAAGGGGCAGCCAGCACCUGCCACGAGGCUCUUCCAUGUGCAAGGCACAGACAGCUACAACACCAAGACCGUGGAGGUGCCGGCCCGUGCCUCAGCUCUCAGCUCCAGUGACAUCUUCUUGCUGGUCACAGCUGGCCCCUGCUACCUCUGGUUUGGAAAGGGCUGCAGCGGUGACCAGCGUGAGAUGGCGCGGACGGUGGUCACUGCCAUCUCUGGGGAGAACAAGGAAACGGUGCUGGAGGGUCAGGAGCCUCCCCACUUCUGGGAGGCCCUGGGAGGCCGAGCUCCCUACCCCAGCAACAAGAGGCUUCCUGAGGACGUCUCCAGCUUCCAGCCACGGCUGUUUGAGUGCUCCAGCCAGAUGGGCCACCUGGUCCUCACAGAAGUGGUGUUCUUUAGCCAAGAGGACCUGGACAAGUAUGACAUCAUGUUACUGGACACCUGGCAGGAGGUGAGGCGCCCCCCACCCCCGGCUGGCUGGGGUGUGAAGGGGAGGCGUCCAUGUCUGCGCAGCUGGGGUCGAGUGUGUGUAACUGUGUGUCUCCAGCCAUGUCAGCCUGCGGAUGAGUCUGUGUGAUUGGGGGUGGCACGGUAACGCUGUGAGUGACUGCACUGCGCGACCAGGGACAACCGUGUGUCACCGCGAAGCUGUAGGAGACUGGCUGUGAGAUUGUGAGCAGUUUUGUAGUUGCGUCUGGGUGACUUACAGCGGUGUGACUCCAGGCGACUGGGUGCCCGUGGCUAAUGUGUCCGUGCGAGUGGUUGCAGACACGAGUGUGUGUGGUUCCUUUGUGGGACGGUGCUUGCCUCCAUGGAGCGACCGUGUGGUCCCGCACUGGCUGUAACUGGGGGAACCGGGAGACUAGGAGACUGGCCGUAGCCUGAGUGACUGUCGGGCAGGGUCACUAUGUCUGAGAGGCUUUAUGAGGCAGGUCUGGGGGCUGCCUGUGUUUUUCAGGAGGAGUGAGCACAGCUGUGUGAUGGAGUGCGAUCUUGUUUACAUGCAGCUCUGUGUGACUGUGGGUGACAGUGAGUGGCUCUGCGGCAGUGGAGGACUACAAGUGUACAGCUGUGAUCGUGUGUGUCUGUGACAUUGAAUGUGGCCGUAAGGCUUGUGUGUUCCCAUCUCAGAGCAAAAGCAAAGCCCUUACUACAGCCCACAUGACCUGGCGGCCCCGACUCUCUGGGCCGAUUUGCUCCCACACCUCCACUUGCUCUGCUCUAGCCACAGUGGCCCCCUUGCUGCUCCCCGAAAUUGCCCAGGCGUGCUCAGGGCCCCUGCACUGGUUGUUUCUUCUGGCUAGAACACUCGACUUGCUCCCCCCACCUCCCCCAGAUCUCUACUCAAAUGUCGCAUUCUCAGUAAGACUCUCUCCGAUUCUAAUUUAAAAUUACAGUCAUCCUGGGGCGCCUGGGUGGCUCAGUUGGUUAAGCGACUGCCUUCG